CCAUGACGCACGCUCUGGAUCCCAUAAGCUCCAACAGCACAGAAGACUGGAACACCACUUUCUUCAACUCUUCCAGGGACCUCCAGCACCCCCCAUACCCAUAUUACCAACAGAACAUCACCUACGUGGACCUCUACCUCCACAAGCCCUCGGUAGUGGUAGUCUUCAUUGUGUCUUACCUGCUAAUUUUCCUGGUGUGCAUGGUGGGGAAUGGUGUUGUGUGUUUCAUUGUGUUGCGGAGCAAGAACAUGAGGACGGUCACCAACCUCUUUAUACUCAACCUGGCCAUCAGUGACCUACUGGUGGGCAUCUUCUGCAUGCCAACUACCCUGGUGGACAACAUCAUAACAGGCUGGCCUUUUGGGAGGUUAGUGUGUAAGCUGAGUGGGAUGGUUCAAGGCAUAUCAGUGUCAGCUUCAGUCUUUACUCUGGUGGCCAUAGCUGUGGAUAGGUUCCGCUGCAUCGUAUACCCCUUCAAGCAGAAGCUGACAAUCUCCACCUCCACACUGAUCAUCAUCAUCAUCUGGGUGCUGGCUAUCUCCAUAAUGUGUCCCUCAGGGGUCAUGCUCCAGGUGACCAAGGAGCAGCGUGUCCUUAUCCUACUGGGGGACGGCUACAACAACACCCGCCCCUUCUACUGGUGCCGCGAGAACUGGCCCAAUCAAGAGAUGAGGAAGAUCUACACCACCGUCCUAUUCGCUAACAUCUAUCUAGCCCCAUUAUCACUCAUUGUCAUCAUGUACGCACGCAUCGGAUUCACCCUCUUUAAGACGGCCAUACCCUCCUCCGGCGGGUGCAGUGGUAGUGGCAGCAGCGGUGGGACGAAACCCAGCCAGGACAACCACCGUCAGUCGAAGAAGAAGAAGAGGGUGAUCAAGAUGCUGUUGGUAGUGGCGCUUCUCUUCAUCCUGUCAUGGCUCCCGCUGUGGACGCUGAUGAUGCUAAGCGACUACGCCAGCCUGACGGCAAGCCAGCACCGCAUCAUCAACAUCUACGUGUACCCGCUGGCCCACUGGCUGGCCUUCUUCAACUCCUCCGUCAACCCCAUCAUCUACGGCUUCUUCAAUGAGAACUUCCGACGGGGGUUCCAGGCCGCAUUUAAAUUCCAGCUGUGCUCCGCAGUCAUGGAGCGCCAGAAGACCUACUCGCAUCGUAUCCAAGGCAACGCAGUUUUACCAGCGAACCUGCACCUGCCCACCGGGGCCGGCUCAGGGGGGUCGGAAUUGGCUUUGGUGAACAGGAAGGGGCUGGGUCGGGAGGAAGUUGUCGGGCGGACAUCCGGCGGGCGAUCGUCAGAGAGCGACGUGAAGGAGCAGGAUCUGAUCAUGGAGGAUCUGGAGAAGGUUAUAUAUGACCUAUGAGACACACUUAAUGUCACAAAGAAAUUGUGCAGUCAACCUUCAUUCAGCCGUGCAGUAGCCAGUGGACAUCAAUUUCCUCAUGGCUCUUUAGGGUCAUGACUGACUGGUGACAUUUAAGGAUGACAUCUCACACUUAAGAGGGACAUCUUAUUGAAUGUCAUAUGAUAUGCAUGGAUUCAUCCUUACCAGUGGACAAUACCUGUGCCUCUUGCUGGGCUAUGCUCAGUCAAAGAGGGGAGUGGGAGGGUGGAUGGAUGCAGGGGGACACUUGUUGUGCUCCGCACCUCUGUCAAAGAUGGGAGUGAGAGGAUGGAUGCAGAGGGACACUUGUUGUGCUCCACACCUCUCAGUCAAAGGGAGGGGCACUCGGAGCCGAGGCGAACGCAGUGAUGUGCCUAUUCAGUUGCCUUGGGACUGAUUAGAACAUGACAAGAGACCAUGCAGGGAUGAGAGAUGCCUCCUGCUGCUGCACACUUAGACAAGAGGACUGGGAAUAAAAGGGAAUAGAAUCAACCAACCACCAACAAUUAAGCAGUGUACUUAUGAGAUACAGCAAAGGAUAUUAUUUUAUGUUGUUUUGUUUGUAUUUUAAUAGUGAUAGUGAAUAUUCAUUUUUAACGAUGAGUGUCUUGCACCAGAAUUUUAUGCUGCUUUUCUGUGUGCCAAAAAAUGGUAAACUCUUCUGCUGAACAGGAAUAGUUGUUCUGACUAAUUUAUCCUUGUUAACAAAGAAAAUAGUACUUUAUGACUGACAGCCUACAUAAUUUGGAGGCUAAGGAAUCUAUAUGUCAUAUAAAUACAGUGGCUGUAUUCAUGCAUGUUUUACUCUUUUGGAAAACCUUUAUGAUGUUGGAAAACCUUUAUGUUGUGGAAAAUAACUGGUAGCCUAAUAUUUCACUUCCAUCAUGGUUUCUAGUUCCCACGCAACACUGUGUCUUAACAUAGUAACAUAACAUCAUAGUUAUGUCAGUCGACACAAUGACACUGUUAGGAAACAGGGAAUUACGGAUCUAGACCAGGGCUCUCCAAACUUGUUCCUGGAGAGCUAUCCUCCUGUAGGUUCUCAUUCCAACCCCAGAAGUAUAGCCUGAUUCGGCUUAUCAACCAGCUAAUUAUCAGAUUAAGGUGUGCUAAAUUAGGGUUGGAGCAAAAACCUACAGGAACUGUCCCGUUCGUCAUAUGAAUCGGACCAAGGCGCAGCGUUGUACGCGUACAUUCUUUAUAAUGAUGAACACAGAACAAACUAACCAAAAUAACAAAAUGACAUGUGACGCUAUACAAAUGAGUGCUAACAGGCACAUAGACAAGAACCCACGAACACAAAAAGGAAAAUGGCUGCCUAAAUAUGAUCCCCAAUCAGAGACAACGAUAAACAGCUGACUCUGAUUGGGAACAAUAUCAGGCCACCAUAGACAUACAAAUUACCUAGACCUACAAAACCCCUAGACAUACAAAAACCUAGACAAUACAAAAACUAGUAUUUCCACCCUCGUCACACCCUGACCUAACCCAAAUAUAAAGAAAACAGAGAUAUCUCAGGUCAGAGCGUGACAGGAACAGGGUUUGUUGUAUAAAAGGGUUUGUUGUUUGUUGAUGUACUGUAUCAUAUCUGUCAAAGUCAUCAAAUGUCAUAAAAUGUUAUGAUAGGUUGUCUGUUGUUGUCAUGAAACUGACAGGGUUGUGAUUUGUCAUGAAGUGUUGCCACAAUAGCGGUGUUGUGAUUGUCCAAUUCAAGAAAUGUGUAACAUAAAAAAUACAUACCUCAGCUUAUCGGUUGAAGAUGAGUCCACCCAGCCUCUGAGAUUGUACAAUCAUUUGAACUGUUUACAGCUGCUAAGUAAUCAUAAUAAAUCAGUUAAAAAUUAUUUAAUUUUGAAGAUGUCAAAGGCGUGUGUUCCCACAUGAAAAAACUGUUUAGUAUUCACUGUAGUGGUUUUGCAGACUUUACUGUAGUAUUCACUGUAGUGGUUUUGCGGACUUUACUGUAGUAUUCACUGUAGUGUUUUUGCAGACAUUACAGUAGUAUUUACAAUAGUGCUUUUGUUAUAUCAUUGACAUAGCAGUGGGGGCUUUGUCUUUGAGGAAACCUACUGGACAAAAUACUCAAAGAGCAGAUUUUCCAUAAGACGUAUGUAGGAUUCAGAGCUUCUGCUCUUUGUUUAAUAAACUGUAGGGAACACAUUAUAUGGUCUAUACUUGGCACGUAGGUUUCGUAUGGGUGGCACACAUUGGGAUAUGGGUUAAUGGGCAGUGUAUAUGCAAAUCAAAUACUUGAAUGUAUACUAUAGUAAUUACUCUAGUGUUUUUGCGGAUAUUACUGUACUAUUAAAGUGUUUUGCAGACUAGUGUUUUUGUGAACAUUACUAUAGUAUUUGCUGUGGUGUUUUUGUGGUCUGUAGUAUACUGUAGUAUUUACUCUACAGUAUACUACAACAUUCUAUAGUAAGUACUACACAUGCUCGAGGUAUACUACAGUGUGUAGUAUAGUAUUCUACAGUUUACCACAGAAUUUUAUAGUAAGUACUGUAGUAUUCUAUAGUAAACUGUACUAUUUUACAUGUGGGUUGUUAUGUUGUGUUACUGGGCUUCUGCGUAAAUGCUUUGUACUCUGUAUGAGCUUCAAAAUAAACAUGUUAUAAAUCUA